AUGGCCAAGUUCAGGAAGCAAACAACCUUCUCACAAGAGCCUGACAUCCUCCAUGCCAUCGAUGCGCGCUUCGAUGAGCUGGAGGAGACGGUUGCGCUAGCCUCCAUGGUUCCAGAGCUCCACGAGCGCUUGGCCAAGCUGGAGGAGAUGAUGACUCGGAUGUCACAGGGCAUCCGGGGCGACUUUAAGGGCCCCCAGAUCGCCAACGAGCCGCCCCCGGCUCCCAUUGUGCCGCCGGACGACAUCGUUGGAAUGAAAGACGAGGUGGACAAUGACGAGAAGAAGCUUCACGUGGGCAACGACACCCCGAAGUCUGAGAAGUCCACGAAAAGCCACGUCUCGAAGAUCACAGAGUUUUCCAGGAGGAAGACCUCCGAUAUCACCGAAGAGCUUCUGGACACGCAGACGAAGGAGUACUACACUUGGGGGGAGUCCACCUGGGACCUGGUGAUCUUCAUCGGCACCGGGGCCCUGGGCCCUGCGGGCUCCUUCCAGACCUUCCUGCUGGCCGUGAUCAACGUCCUGAUGCAGGUGGUCUUCUGUGCCAUCGCGUAUUUUAACUUUAUCGAGCCCGACAUCGACUCAAGUGCGAUUGAGGAUGCGAAACGCUGGCGGCGUUCCUCUGGCCACGCAUUGUCCGAAUACGAUGCGACGUCCAAGUUGUCUCUGACGCAGAGAGUCUGCGAUCUGGACAAGUCCCUGCACAUCUCCGGGACUCAGCUGGCAUUGCUGGAGAACCUUCGGAAGUACUUGAACUCGGAGAAGGAGGGGCUCGCCUCGUUCUUCACCGGCGAGGUGCUUUGCGUUGUCGCCCUCAUCUGCUGGUAUCUGAUGGUGGCCAAGGAGGUUAGCCACGCGCUGGCUCUGCACCGAGGGGUGAUGGCCGUGGAGCGUGGGCCCACGAGGCUUGACACCCGUGAGAACCCUUUCACGCAGGCCACGCAUUACCGGCUUCGAGCCAUGGGCCUGCGGCGGAAGAUCGCUAGCGGCAUCCUCCUCGCCUACCGCCUCGUUGCAGCGGCACUCCUGGUCUUCGUGGGCACCUUCUUCCUGGUCUACACUGUCAACGUCACCGAGCUGAUCCUGAAUGCCGUGGCUUUGGGAAUCAUCCUGGACAUUGACGACCUGCUCUUCGAUGCCUUGGCGACAACCCCGGGCCGCCACCUCGUUCACCAGCUGGAUCCGCUACCGAUGCCUCCUGUGAGGCGCUGGCGUGGCGCGGACCUGAAGUCGGUGUGCAUGAGCAUCCUCAUCCCCGGGAUGACGAUCGUCGUCUACCUCACGAUGCUGGACCCUUUCGUCACCUUGUUGAAAGACGUGUCGACAACCAUGUGCGGAGGAUACCAAGGUUUCGUGUGGGAUGUGGAUUCCCGGCGUGUCGUGCUCAUGGCACCAACAGCCGGUGGCGGCUGGGAAGCCGAAGCUCAGUCCAUCCGGACCAUGGCCAUCGACGAGGCAGAGCUCUUCGAGCCGGGAUUCGAUGAUGACGAUGCAAAAUAUGGCGUCUGGGUGGAUGACGUGAGUGAGCUGCUCGGCACUCGAUUGCUGCAGCUGAGCGACGUAAUCGACGAGGAAAAUCCGUCGUGUGACGAUUUGGCCGCCAAUGCCAACGACCCCACUGCCGAGCCCGAGGACCUCUCCAUGUUGAGAUACCUCAGGUUCUUCGUAGGCAACCAAAGCAUCCAGGGCUGCGCGGAUGUGGCGCACCUCUGCAGCUCCUACACGAAAAUUCCAGAGUACGCAGCGGAUGGCGGCCUCGGCUUCAGCGUGCGCCUCCUCUGCUCCGAGACGUGCCAAUGCAGAGUGCCCGGGGGAGACCAGAUCUCUGUGCAGGGCUGCCCUUACGGCAGGAACCUUGCAAAUGGUCGGCCUUGUCAGAGCCAGCCAGAGUACAUCACGUACCGGACCACGGGUGUGUGCCUUGAAAAGAGCGCCGAGGAAAUGCGUAACGAUACUGCCUGGGCAAGCUGGGUUGAUGCGAUUCGUGCUUAUGCCACAGAGGACGAUGCCGAUCUGCCUGGUCAGGAAGAUGCACUGUUGCUCGCGGAUGCGAUGUGGGACCAUGGCUGCGGGUUCAUUGCGAACCUUUCGAGUCAGAACGUCAGCUGGGGAAACUGCUUCCAGUGGGAUCCCAAGUUCGACUGGGAGUUCAAGACGGUGGAGCCCUUUUGCCCGCUGACCUGCCAGUGCGACUGGAACAACAGAGCGUCUUCAAAUUGCCCGCUUCCGUAUGGAAAGACCUGUGACAGCUUGGAUGAAUGCGCAACCUUCGAGGGCCAGCACUAUUGCAUGCCUUUCGUCCCUGGCAUCCAAGUGAGCUUCGAUGUUGCCGCGCAAACUCUCAACCAGACCGUCCUGGAGUUCAGUUAUCCCAUCUUCCUGCGAGCUCUGGAGGAGACGAUCCUAGAAUUUGCCGGCAACGGGCUCGAGCAGUACAUGAUCUUCAACCUCUUCGCGUACCCUGUCCGCCGCCGCCUUGGCAACAGCAGCGACUUGGGAGCUACCACGGAUGAAGGUAUGCAGAGCUCUGAAGCGGUCGCGCGACAGCUUCAAUUUGUGCCGCCGGUCUUUCAAAUGUACGGCGAGUACAGAAUCAUUCAGAUUAAGGACUGGAUGGACAUCCCGGCUAUGGCGCAGGGACUCUUCAGCCGGACUCUAUUGGACUGGAAAACCUCGAUGGACACGAAGAUGGCCGCCUCCGGUGUGCCGGUCGACGUGCUGGGCCUGGUCAUUACGCGAAUGACAUGGUUAAACCAGGAAGACGAUGACGACGAUGACGAUAAGGGGCGCGCAUUGUCGCACAAGGACUGGGCUUUGGUGAACCCGGUGACGCUCGAGGACUUGAAGUCCUAG